AUGCCUUCUCUCAAAGCUGUUAUUGCGACGGCCUAUGGCCUUGUCACCACAGUGCUUGGACACGGUUAUGUAACAACAUUCACGACGGAUGGGAAAUCGAACCAGGGAUUCCUACUCGACUAUUACUACCAAAAAGUCAACACUGGAUCGUUCCCCAACAUUGCAGCUUGGUACGCCGAAAACUUGGAUAGCGGUUUUGUAGCCCCGGACGCCUAUGGCACAUCCGAUAUCAAUUGCCACAGGAAAUCAGCACCUGGUGCCAUUACUGCGACAGUCAAAGCCGGGGGUAGCAUUACAUUCCAGUGGCCCUCGACAUGGCCUCAUCCGUACGGACCCAUUCUGACUUAUGUAGCGGCUUGCAAUGGCGAUUGCUCAAAGGCAGACAAGUCAAGCCUCAAGUGGGUCAAGAUAGAUGCCUCCGGGAUCAACUAUAGUACUCAGAAGUGGGCUUCCCAGGUUUUGAUUGACCAAGGAGGCAAGUGGACCACGAAAGUUCCGUCGUCACUCAAGGCCGGAAAUUAUGUCUUCAGACAUGAGAUUAUUGCCCUCCACGGGGCUUCCUCAGCGAACGGUGCCCAGAACUAUCCCCAGUGUUUCAACAUCGCCGUCACGGGAUCCGGAAGCAGCUCUCUUCCCUCAGGAACGUUGGGUACCAGCCUCUACAAGUCAACAGAUCCCGGUAUUCUUUUCAACCCUUACGUGACGAUAACCAAUUACGUGAUGCCAGGCCCAGCCCUUUGGAGUGGGUAA